CAACUUCACAGAAUUGAAAUAAAUUUACUUUCUCAAAAUUAUAAACUUUUUUCUUCUUAAAUAUGUUCUUAAAAAUACGUGAAUUAAAUCAGUGAUUUAUAAUUGAGUGUAAAUAUUAGUUUUUUCUCAAUAGUUUUAAUGAAUUUUUAACAAUUGCCAAUAAUGAAUAACGACGAAAUUGCUGAGGAUGUUCAUCAUCUUGAUUUUACAACUGCUACAGAAUGGGAAAUAUUUAUUGCUCGAAUUGAAGAAAUACUUCACGAAUGGAAACUUUCUCAAAUAACAUUUGGUCCACCUUUAAAGGAAAAAGAUUUUAUUAAUUUACGUUGGUUGGAAGUCUCUGAGAAGUUGAACUUUGCAGAUGUGGAAUUUACUUUUAAACAUUAUAAAUUAAAGACAGAAUUAAAUGAAUCAAUUGGAGGCUGUGGUGAAGAUGUUGAAGAUACAUUUACACAAUGUCAAAAAGAUAUUCUUAAUGCUUCAAAUGAUUUUGCCCAAUUAAAUGGAAAUCAUUUGGAAAUAGCUCGUUUUUAUGGAGUGAGAGAAUUUUUGGUUUUAAUUCCAUCAAAACGAACUCCCAUUCUCGAUGAAACGAGAAUUAAAAUUCUUCUCAGUUCUCUAGCGAUUGCAGCCAGUAAUUCAAAUUGCGAAGUUCCAGUUUUUGUUCAAGUUUUAGAAUUAUGGCAACAAUUUUACCUUGGAGUUGGUCUUGGAAGGGGAUCGAAAGUAAAUUUUAAUAUGAUACACUUAAAAAGAACUCCACCUCAUUGCAAACAUUUAAAUGGUUUACUUACAUUAUUUAAGCAAAAAAUAAGUGAAGGAUGCGGUUUGAGAUUAGAUCCAGCAAUUAUAUCUAUUAGAUUUUCGUAUAUUAUUAAAGAUUGGAUCAAUAGUAAAUUACCGCAAGAAUUUCCUGAUUUUGAAUUUCUACAAGGAGAGACAAUUGGCGUUUCUGAAAUGGGUAAACUUCCAUUUGGAGCAAGUUACGAUCCAAUAAGGGAAUUACAUUUAUUUACCACUUGGCAUCAAAUAGCGGAAAAUAUUGUUGUCGAUAGUGAAGGAUUUAGUGAUUUAGAUCCACUUUUAGCGCCAGAAUGGUCAUUGUUAGUUAAAAGUACACAUUCACCAAAUUGUCUUCUCGGCGAUAGUUUAACAAAAUUUUUUCAAAUAUGCCACGAUCAAAGAUUAUUAACGGAUAUUAUUGGCGAUUUGGCAUUUUUUGAAAAUGAAGAAUCAUCAUUGAGUUUGGCAUUUAAUAUAUUAACUGAAUCAAGAAUACCAACGAUAUCAAAUGUCGUGGGUAAAAGAGGACCGAAAUUUCGUCGAAAAAAUUCCGAGGGUCCCAUUUCGGAAAAUAAUCUUAUUCCAAUAAUGUAUUUUCUUUUUCCCGAUGCUGAUGAAAAUUGCAUUCAUCCUUAUGAGGAUUUGAGUAAUUACAAUUUUGACGAGAACAAAUGGAAAGGAAUUAAAUCGUGUGCAAUUGGAAGUUUAAUAUGGAGAUUGGCAAUUGUUGCUGUUUAUUGUUUAUCAUCAUCAGGUGGGAUUAAGGCAUUUUCUCAAUUGUGGUUUGAAUUCAUUCAGGAAAUACGAUUUCGUUGGGAUAAAGGCAGCUUCAUACCAGGUUUGACGCCUGGUACUCCUGAUUGCGUGCACACCUGUUUACUUCAUCAAAAACUUCAGAUGAUAAAUCAUUGCAUUCAUUUAAGAAAAACAAGAGAAGAAGCUGUCUCUCAGGCCGAAUUUAAAGACAUGGAAACAGAUUCAGAAGAGGAGGAUGAAUUCUACGAAUGUUCAAAUGAAGAACCAGUUCCUGGUGAACAAGACGAGACACAACAAAAAAAUAACAAAAAAGAAAAGCAUUUCUUAUGGAACAGACCAGUAGGAAGAUCGGCAAAACAUCCGAGUUUUCGAUUAGUUAAAACUGGGGAUCCCUUAUACCUGCCAGUGACUCAGGAUCAAGUUCUAAAAACUGAAGAUCAAUUGGAGGAAGAUGCACAAGUUAUGAUGGAAUUAGGAACAGAUAAACAAGGCACAGAAAUGCGCGCAAGAUUAAUGAGCGCCUCUUUACUUUCUGACAUGGAAUCAUUUAAAGCUGCUAAUCCAGGAGCAGUGUUACAGGAUUUUAUUCGUUGGUAUUCGCCUCGCGAUUGGGUGGAAGAGGAUACUUUAGACGAAUGGGGUCAACCAAAAGGACAUCUUUCCCAGCGAAUGUUACUUCCGGAUAAUGCUUGGACGACAACUUGGAGUUCAGCGCAACCUGUUCCAGCUCAUCGGCAAAAGCGAUUGUUUGAUGAUACACGAGAGGCAGAGAAAGCUCUUAUUUACUUAAAUUCAAGGCGUAUUGGUCAAGUCGCACAACUUUUAUUACCGGUUCUCACUCAUGCUGCACUUGUCACUCUCAGCGAACAAAAAGUGGAGGCACGACCAAAUAUUCAAAAUGUCGUGCAAAAUAUACAAAAUAAAUUGCAACUCGCGAGUAAACCGGUUAAUCAAAAAAUGCAUUUUUACGAGGACAUCAUUAGAGAAUUAGAAGUUGAAGAAGGAUUGAUUGAGCAGGUGAAAUCGUUGCAAAGUAAAUUUGCCGAAAAUUGCGACAAGCAAGAAGUCACGUCGUUCGUUAUGCAACUAAUGAGAGGCAAAGAAGUUUCUGUACCAAAUGGUUCGAGAGGAAACAUUGGCACAGAGAUAAUAAAACUUUUCUGCGAGGCACAGAAGGUUUCUCAUACAGCAUCAAAUGCAGAAGAAGUAGAUGCGGCGGGAGAUGGAAAACAUAGAUCUUUCUCUGAACCCUCGAGCAAGGAAUUCAUUUUGCGAGCAGUCACGCCUAGACCUUCACCCUUGUCGACUCCACAACCACAGCGAUUAUACGUUUGCCUUGAACAAAAUAAUAUUCGAUUAGCUGGUGCAUUUUCGGAGGACACGAUGUUCUUUUAAUUUACAUAGCAAUUUUAUAUUAUUCUUUUUAUCUAGAAAAAAAGCACCAGAAAUUGUAAGUACAGUGAAAUCCACGUAUAUCAGAAUCGUAUAAUUCGGAUUCCCGCUUAAAUCGGGAUUUUUUCCUGAUCCCUUAAAAUCUAAUAUACGUGGAUUUCACUGUAGAUGGUUAAAAAAAUUAACAAGAUUGUAAAAAAUUUUGAAAUAUAAGAAUAUAAACAAUA